GGUGGGAAGCCAGGAAGGAGCCGAGCAGGAGGAAGUGGUCAGCAGCGCCGGGGUCCCAGAAAGCCCACGGUGAUGUUGGCCACGCGGGUGCUUGGGACCUCGCGCAGGGCGGCGUUAGGAUCGGCGGAGGCUGCGCUUGGCGGUUUGAAGUCAAUAUGGGGAAGCAGCCGACCUCAUUGCUCUGCUCUUUCUAAGGAUGUCACUUACAGGGAACUAAAAACCCUAUUGAACUCCAAAAACAUUAUGUUAAUUGAUGUUAGAGAUACAUGGGAAAUUAUUGAGCAUGGAAAAAUACCUGGAUCAAUCAACAUACCAUUGGGUGAGGUAGGUGAAGCUCUGCAGAUGAACCCAAAGGACUUCAAAGAGAAGUACCAUGAAGUGAAGCCAUCCAAAUCUGACAGUCUUGUGUUUUCUUGUUUCGCUGGAAUAAGAAGUAAGAAGGCUAUGGACACAGCAAUAUCACUGGGAUUUAACAGUGCUCAACAUUAUGCUGGAGGAUGGAAGGAAUGGGUAACCUAUGAAAUUUCAGAGAAAAAAUAAGAAAAUUGAGUUUUGGAAUAAGAGACUCUGUCCUUGUGUUCAUACAUCCACGGAUAACGGAUUAAGCAAAAGAAAACUCCAGUCUUAGCACCAAAGGCUAUGCUUGGCAACUG